CCGGGUCAACCCAACGACCUUCACGAGGUUUCCCAAGAUAUCCAUUUCCGGCCAAUACGACAAGCAUGUGUAUCAAAAUCACUUCCAUGCAUGUAAUUGCUAGAAGACUGUUAACAAGAAAAUUGAUGUCUGAGUCUUUGUGCUUCAGCCAGCGCAACUUUCAACAGCAGACCAACAUUAAUAAAUUAGAUCAUCGAUUGCUUGACUCUCAAGGUACCUGGCUGCAGUUAGUUGCCAGAAACUAUGCUUCAAAGAAUAACACAUUUGCCUACUCAGGAGACUUAACCAUGCAGAAGCCUCUGGAGCCACAUGCUGUGCUAUACAAUGCUAAGGAACUGACAAGCUCUUUGCAACAAGCUUCAGAAAGUGUUCAACGCCUCAGCACAGUCGGGUAUGCAGAUGGGAGGGAGAGGAAAACUCAUUAUGUUGAGGACAUACAGGACAGGAUAGAGGACCUGUUUGGGGUUGGUGCAGACCUCGAACUUAGGAUUGCCAAACUGACAGUGGACAUUCGAACAGUCAUCCCACACUGUGUCAAGUUCAGGCAGGACAAGAAGAAUAAGGCUCAGCUGGUGGAGAAGAUACAGAUGAGGAAGAAACUGCUGAAGUAUCUGCGCAAGGAGGACUACCAGCGAUUCCUCUGGCUCUUGAGGGAACUGAGGAUUCGCUAUGUCCCCAUCCAGGAAUACCAUGGCCAUGCAAGCAAAAAGUUCCUUAAGAGAAGUGGCACCGUGAAGGCAGCAUUUAACGUGAGAAAACAGAAACUGAUUGAACUUCGAGAACAACUUGAUGCUGAACGGGUGGACUAUGAGGUGUACAAACAAAAAGCUUUAGCUGACAUCCAGAUUGAUAUUGAGAAACUCUGCCUUGAUAGAAAUCUUUUGUGGAAGCAGCAGGUGCGUGAAUCAAUGACCAAGGCAGAGGUCAAAUUACUUAAAAAGGUACAGGUGGGAAGGACCUAAGAGGAUUUAUUGAUACAUAACUAAAACUGAAACAUGUAACAAAUUUCCUCCAUAGUUAAAGGCUGAAGUCAGGGUGGGUCAUAUGACCAAUCAACAGCCUACACAUACAUAUCUAUAACAAUACAGCGAUCAGUCAGUAGGGCUGCAACGAUUCACCCACACCUCGAUUUGAUUUGAUUUUCGAAAUUGGACCCUCGAUUCGAUCAUUUUUUAUUCGAUUCAACUCUCAGAGUCAACUUUUUUAGCAUGAAAUCCAUCGUCAACUUGGCUAUGUCUACUAACAACAAAUUAGCCCGGCGUCAACCAAUCACAUUUCGUCUCAUUUCAGCGCUCGAAACAGCUCGAGUUGGAGUCAAAAUUACGUUCUGGCUGUGUGGAAAUAAUUUAAGUAGGUAUUCAAAUAUUGAAAUAGUGAUAAUGGUUAUCGAAAAUAUCGAAACUAAGGUGUCAGAUUCGAUUUUCGAUGAAUCGAAACGAAUCGUUGCAGCCCCAUCAGCAGGUCAGUCAAAACUGGCGCAUGGGGGUUGUUGAUUUGUCACUGGUGCACAAAACAAAAUAAAUAUAAACGACAAUGUAGUGGUGCAUGUUUCUUAAAAAACAAAACAGAUAAUUUGAACCCCGAUGUAGUGGUGCAUGUUUUUUAAAACUGACAUCUGAUCACAAAACAGAUAAAUUCUUAUGAAUACAUCCCUUUUAACAUUUGAUUGCCUUUUUCUUGAAACUUGUUUCUGAAUCCACAGGUUUAGCUUGAAUAAAAUACUUAAAGUCCAA